CAUGUCCCAGGUCCAGGCUGUAGAGAGGGCAACUCGAAGUCAGAGUGCAAGCAGGAUUUGGUUUAGGCAAAGAGCUGGACGCAUAACUGCUUCCAAGCUGAAACAAGCUAUUAAGACCAACCCACAGCAACCAUCCAAGAGCUUGAUCAAGGCCAUAUGCUACCCAGAAGCAUAUAGGUUCACCACAGCCGCUACAAGUUAUGGAUGCAAACAUGAAGCACAAGCCAGAGGAGUCUAUGAGAAGCUGAUGGGUCGGGAGCAUGCAGGCUUCUCCUGUAUGGACAGUGGUCUCUGGCUGAACCCCAAGUGGCCAUACAUGGGGUCCUCCCCUGAUGGGAUUGUUGCUUGUGACUGUCACGGAACUGGCAUCUGCAAGAUUAAGUGUCCACACUCUCACCAAGAUGAAGCCAAUCUGCGCUUGUGUGCUGGGGAAAAGGGCUUCUGCCUCAUCAAUGAUGGGGAUAAUGUCAUGCUGGACCGGACUCAUGACUACUACUACCAAGUUCAGGGACAGCUUCACAUUGUAGAUGCUGAGUACUGUGAUUUUGUUGUGUGGAACCACAAUGACAUUUUUGUUGAAAGGAUUUUGCCCGAUGUUGAACUUUAGGAUGAUGUUAGGCUUUUUUAGAAACGGUAUACUUCCAGAAAUACUGGGACAGCAAGUUACAAACUCACAUGUGUAAUGUAAUGAAAGGAUCCAGGCACUCUUGAAAGUGGGCUGUGUGAUAUUGCUGUUAUAUCAAUACGGUUGUAUGAGACAAGAUUACAUUUUGACUAUUGUUAUGAGUGUGGUCUUUGUGAGUUCUGGCUGUUGUAUAAUUUAAAUGAAAAGAUUAAAUGCCAUUGAGAAGACAGAAUUAUACAUGGUGGUUUAUUUACAAGAUUAGAUUUUUCAACAAUUGUUAUAAUAACAAGAACAUGGUGUGCAAUAACAGAUUAGAAUCCAUUUCAUUACAUAUAAUACAUAUAGCCAGUACAAUUGGACUAGUGGAUAAAAGUAUUACACUUGUUGAAAACAUAUUAACAGACUGAUAUGUGUCGGGGCUCAGGUACUACUACUCCAUGUCCUCUUACUUAUCAUCAUCAGAGCCAAGAAGCAGGGAUCAGGUAUUGGACACUACAUGUGUGAGGGCUCAGGUACUGGACUGACUGA